AUGGCUCUCCUUCAGCCUCAAAACAGAAUUCCAAUGCAAAGUGACCGGCAGGCAAGUUUGAGUGAAAACUCCGAGGAUUGGAGCAGGCAUGGGUCGAGCUCAACUCUGUCCGUGUCUACCAUCGGCUCCAAGGAUGAAAACACUUACAUCUGGAUUGUCAUGGUUGAAGUCGACGGAAGACACAAAUUACUGUGUAGAACACAGCUGGAUACAGGCCUCCUCCCGAGUUUGAUCAGCCUAUGGGCUGCACAUCGAGCAGAACAGUUAGGGUUGGCGACCAUCGAACCUCGUAACUUGGACCCAAUUGAAGGCCUUGUCAAGGGACCCAAGCUCUCCCUGCUGGGUGCGAUUAGGCUGAAGUUCUUCAUAGAUGGUAAACCUUACAGGCACACCUUUUUUGUGGUGGAUGACGAUAGAUACGAUAUGCUGCUGGGUGCCAAAUUUGCGAACAAAAGUGGACUGGCUGAGAAGAGGACGGGUUCAGCCGACUCCUUGCCCGGUCAUUUGUAA